AUCACUCUUCCAUCUCCGACCAAGCCCAUCCAUCACCACGUCUUUAUUGUCUCUCUGCCUCCCAUCCCCCUCCUUUCCACCAUCCAACCGCCUGACGAAUCUGCACCUGAUCUGGUGAUUUCCUCCUUUCUUCCCUGCGUCUCGCCACACUCCCAUCACCAUGCCUAGCGCCACGGGAGAGAACUGGGAGAAGUACAAGAAGAACUUCGCCGAUGACGAAGAGCCAGAGAAGAAGAUCACCCCUCUCACAGAUGAGGACAUCCAAGUACUGAAGACCUACGGCGCCGCUCCCUACGCCACCGCAUUAAAGAAGCUCGAGAAACAAAUCAAGGACAGACAAGCGAGUGUAAACGAGAAGAUUGGCGUCAAGGAAUCCGAUACCGGUCUUGCGCCUCCACACCUUUGGGAUGUUGCCGCGGACCGACAACGCAUGGCGGAGGAGCAACCGUUGCAGGUGGCCCGUUGCACAAAGAUCAUCCAGGACGAGAAGGACUCGGACAAGAGUAAAUAUGUCAUCAACGUCAAGCAGAUUGCCAAGUUUGUGGUCAAUCUAGGGGAGAGAGUGAGUCCUACGGAUAUCGAGGAGGGCAUGAGAGUCGGUGUCGACCGGAAUAAGUAUCAGAUCAUGCUACCCCUCCCUCCCAAGAUCGACCCCAGCGUGACGAUGAUGACAGUCGAGGACAAGCCGGAUGUGACAUACGGAGAUGUCGGAGGAUGCAAGGAACAGAUCGAGAAGCUCAGAGAAGUCGUGGAGAUGCCGUUGCUAUCGCCGGAGCGUUUUGUCAACCUCGGUAUCGACCCGCCCAAGGGAGCCCUGCUUUACGGGCCUCCCGGUACCGGUAAGACCCUUUGCGCCAGGGCCGUAGCCAACCGGACGGAUGCCACGUUCAUCCGUGUCAUUGGUAGCGAGCUGGUGCAGAAGUACGUCGGUGAGGGUGCCCGGAUGGUCCGCGAACUGUUUGAGAUGGCACGAACCAAGAAGGCCUGCAUCAUCUUCUUCGACGAAAUCGACGCGGUCGGUGGAGCGCGUUUCGACGACGGCGCGGGUGGUGACAACGAAGUCCAGCGUACUAUGCUGGAGCUGAUCACCCAGCUGGAUGGAUUCGACGCCCGUGGUAACAUCAAGGUCAUGUUCGCGACCAACCGACCGUCAACUCUGGAUCCCGCCCUCAUGCGUCCCGGACGUAUCGACCGUAAGAUCGAGUUCUCACUCCCCGACGUGGAGGGCCGCGCCAACAUCCUGCGGAUCCACGCCAAGAGUAUGUCGGUGGAGCGGGACAUCCGCUGGGAGCUGAUUUCGCGACUGUGCCCGAACGCGACGGGAGCUGAGCUCCGCAGUGUUGCAACGGAGGCGGGCAUGUUUGCCAUUCGGGCGCGGCGGAAGGUGGCCACGGAGAAGGACUUCUUGGCGGCGGUGGACAAGGUGAUCAAGGGCAACCUGAAGUUCAACUCGACGGCAACGUACAUGCAGUAUAAUUAGAUGUGCCCGCACGGGGUAUUGCAUGGCUGGAUGGAUGUAUGAUCAUACUCGACGGUUCAGUCUACGGUCUAUAAUAGGAUUCGAUGAUUAUAGGUGAUGC